GCACUGCCUUUAUUCUACCAGCAACAACUACACUACCCAUACCCUGCUUGCGAUAAAAGCCCAUCAGUCAUCACAUUUUUCUUCUUCAACGCAUUCUUACUGUAUUGAUCUUCCAACGUCGUCCAACAUGGCUCUUCCAUCUCAUCCGUCGCCGCCGCUCCUACCUGCCCUGGCAUUACCGGGACCCUCCACCACCCCUGCCGAGAUAACACAGUCCAUUCGCACCGCAUGUGCCAGCUCUUCCAGGUCCGCGGCAUCACGCAACGCCAAAAGUGAAGGCUCAGGCCCAAGACCACGGGAAAAGAAGCACGCCUGCUGGAUGUGCGAGAAAUCUUUUGAUAGGCCCUCCACAUUGAGAAAGCAUUUGCUCGUACACACAGGAGAAAAAGCAUUCGUGUGUGACACCUGUGGCCGUCGUUUUGGCGUUGCGUCCAAUCUUAACCGUCAUGUUAAGCGGUGUAUUCUUAAGCCCGUUAACACUGCGAAUCGCGCAAACCAGUUGACAUCUAGUGACUCUGCCGGGACGCCACAAGAAGCCACAUCCGUCCCGCCGGCAGAGGCUUCCGCUGCCUCAGGUGUUGCUUCAUCAUCAGAUUCAGAUUCGCGACCGAAUAAGCGUGCUCGCGAUGAAUCGACUACGUCACCAUCAGAACAGCCCAAGGCGUCCGCAAAGAGGCGCCGUCGUGCUCCGUCCCCGUCGCAAUGGAUACCGACAUCCCUUCUUCCAUUCAAUCUUUUCCCCGUAGAGUCUUCAAAAGCGACCACCGUCCCCCUCCCGCCUGUUACGGCAGUCAAAGAUGAGGUAUCCAACGAGUGGGUUGAAGAGCGCAACUCAUGGGAUGAGAGUGCUGGCCUCACGCCAUAUCACCCUUGUGGGUGGAAAGGUACCCUCCCGGGCCCAGCCGUAGGGUUCGGCGGCAAAGAUGUGGGGAACGUCGGCCUCGUGAAUGGAGGAACGUACGUUAUGGGAAGACUUGUCAUGGUCUAAUCAUUUUUGCAUCCGCCGUGUUCUUCCCUGGAUUCUUGACUUUCUUGCUAUUCUUGCCGGCUUAUUUGGACUCGGACUUCCUUGGUUAUAGUUCCGCCCUAGCAUUUAUUCCUCACACAUCACCUACUCGCCAGCUCUACAUCUGGCCUCAUCACUAUUUGCUUGUUUUUUUUGGCCCGUUAGGGGUUUUUGAAGUGCUGGCCAUCGAUCGUUGUCUUCACGCAUCUAAAUUACGAUUGCUCCGAG